AUGGCAGACGUAUAUACCUUGUUGGAUUUCAAUUUUGUUGGAUGCAUUCGUAAAUCUGAGUUAAUAAAUGACUUUUUCUGGGCACAUCGCGGCUUAGUUGCUAACUAUAUGUUCCUAUCAGGAUAUUACGGCAUCUAUCUCAGAUGUGUGGGCAUUACACUAAUUUCCGUGCAAAGAUUUGUUGCCGUGUGUCAUGGUAGAACGAUUGCAGGAAAACUUAUGGAAGAGACUCCAUUGGUGGUUUUUGUCAUCGUUCAUUGGCUAACAGCUUUGUUGAUGAUAAUGCCCUUCGCGACUUCAUUCUCUGUUACUUUUGACUCCGAAGAAAAUCUUGCUAUGAUUGCACCAGAACAAGAGUCAAAGAUAGCCAACAUGGUUACCAUAUUAUCCGCCAUUAUUUUAUUUCUUAUCUCGGCUACCUGUUACAUUUUUGUAGUUGCACAUGUGAUCAAGAGCAGACUUUCAAAUGAAAGCACGAACCAAGCUGGUAACAACUCCAUAAUGAGUCGACGGGAACUUGGUUUAACCAUACAAGUAACUGGGUUAAUGAUAGCGCUACUACUGGUUUUCAUAUACAACAUUGGCCAAUUCAUCAUAAACCAAAAUCCUCGGUCCGUACUCCGUACUGUAUGGAUACUGUUUCAUCCCAUAAUGAACAUUGGCCUAUCGUGUAUUCAUCCGUGGACAUGUUUCAUAUUCAAUAGCGAGCUACGCAGCAAAAUUCUAAAAAUAUUGAGAUGCGGUCAAUCUACGAAGGUUCAUUCUUCAAAGUUCGACGAAGAAAACAUGUAUAUUCUUCUUCUGCAGGCACGAAAUGGUAGCGGUCUGACCUUCUCGUCAGGGAUGGCAGUACCAAGGAGGUGA